AUGCAUUCUAAUUCAUUCCAUUUUACCAUUGUGGCAUAUACAUUAUAUAUAUACAUAUUUGUAACUAUAUGUAUAAACGCGUGCAUAUGUAUACUUGGAUGGCCCGCACUCGCGCGCAGGUCACAGCACAUUUUCUGUUUUUCGGAGUUUUGCUGGUUUAAUCACUGUAUUCCCUGGAGUCCCAGGAUCAGCCAGACCAAGGUCUGCUGCAGGCCGUCACCACCAGAGGCAGUCACAGCCCUUGUUGAUCAGAGAGAUGCCACCAUUUAUAUAUGUAUAUAUACAUGUAUAUAUUUAUAUAUGUGUAUAAAAGCCUUUUUGAAUUUCACAUUUGACAACUGUGACAGUAUUGUUGUGAAAUUUGCAGAUUGUGAUAGGUGUAACUGCUACUAUCGAGCCUCAUGCAAAGAGCAUCCUUUGUUCUGGGUCAAAGACCGUGAACCUGUAAGUUCUUGUUGUAUUUUUUUAGUUUUUAUUAGUUUCCAAAAUACAGCACCGGCGUUCAUAAGCAUCAAGACAUCGUCGAUUCCUAACGCUGGGUUGGGUGCUUUCGCUGAAGCUUGCAUUCCGAAAUCGCUGUAUUCGCAAAUUUUUCCAAAAGUCUGUAGCGACGGCCCACAUUUUAUGGAUGGUAGUAAUACGCAAUAUUCAAAUUGGAUGAGGUACAUCAACAGUUCGCGACACGACAAGGAACAAAACCUGUUGGCAUUUCAGUAUUGUGGUGGCGUGUACUACCGAGUGAUACGACCGAUCAAAAUGAAGGAAGAGCUCCUAGUGUGGUACGGUAAGAAGUUCGGCAAAAGUCUUGGAGUUUUCACUACGUUGCGUUCGCUGAAGAGGCCGAGCACACCAGCUAACAAGAACCCCUUCAUACUUUAA